GCCACUGUCCAUGACGGUGCUGUUCGUUUUAGGAGAAUUUAAAUUUACGGCAGCCUGGAAUUGUGUAAAAUGUACAGAUUGUCCCGAUGCAACUGGUAUCGAAACUACAGAGGAUUGUCCUUACUGUGCAAUUUGGAAAAAUCAAAACGGAGUUGUUGAACGUGGCUGCAGCGGUGGCGGUUCAAUAAGCUUGAAUGUUCCGUGUGAUUCGGAUAAAUGCAACAUCGAUCCUGUUCCCGUGUGUCAGCAUUGUUCUACAUUGGAAAACUGUGAAAAAGUUGUAUGUGACAUGCUGGUGGAUAAAUGUUACGUCAGCAAAAUCGACGGCCGUCGUGGCUGCACUUCGGAUGACAUCUAUACGAACAGUGAUGAUUUUGAGACUUGCACAUCGUACAACUGUAACCGAAAGGCCCACUGCGUCGUAUGCAAUUCCGACAACGGACCAGAUGACGCAAACUGCUUAAACGAUCCGCAGUCAUUCACUCAACCUUGUCAACUCCAUGGAUUGGUUACAGAUGAGAACUGCUAUCGCUACGAAGUAAGUAAGGAAAAAUUUCAGCUAGGAUGUACUACUGAUCCAGAUAUGCCAGAAAAAUGCGGUAAUAAUGUUUGUAAAAAGUGUGAUGCUGACAAUUGCAAUCAAAGAGAAUUUCAAACCUGCUACGUAUGUUACGAUUGUCGAACAUUAGAACAGUCUCAAGAUACUUUAAAGUGUACCGACUACAAUUCCACAUGCUUUAUUGCAUAUGACCAUGCUUCCAAAGCAACAAGCCGUGAAUGUACGGAGGGUUCAGACCCGAAUUUAUACGUGGAACUCGUCUACGAAUGCUCAGAGCCCUAUUGUAAUGGUGAUGAAUUCCCAACGCACCGUCAGUGCUACCAGGACAUCAUUCAAGACAUUGACUACUGCGAUUCACUGGAUGCAACAAGAUGUUUCACACAGUAUGCCUCGGAUGGGUCGACGUUGAAUCGCGGUUGCGACACGGAUCAAGGAUUCGACGAUUGCAUUGAGUUUGAAAAUUGUUUGAUUUGUGAUUCGGACGGAUGUAAUAAUGAUGAGCCGGCAGCGAAAUGUGUGAGUUGCACGAAUGCGGAAGAAUGCAGGAAUGUGCCGCCAAAAAAAGAAUGCGAUCAAGCAACAUUCUACCGCGGGUGUUACAUGUAUCAUGGGCCUAAAGGGACGCUUGUCAAAGGUUGCCUAAAUGAACUGGUGGAUGAGCAAACCGAGGAGUAUCAAGCUUGUAAACAGAAUGAAGAGUCUUGUCAGAAGUGUACCGGUUUGCACUGCAACGAGAUGCAUUGUUUGUCGUGCAACUCUCGAGACGGAGUGGAAUGCGUUGCAGGAGAAGACAACAUCCAGUACGAACUUUGUCCGAUGGGAGACAAAUGUAGGAUGUUUGUGGACGGCGAAGGCCACACGGUACGCGGAUGUUCCAGCAAGUUUCAGGAUCGUAUAUGUGAUGAUGAAUUUUGUCAAGAAAACGUGGAGCCUGCAAGCAACGAUAAACUGUUUCCGAAAGCAGCGAUGAAAUGCUAUCAAUGUACCGAGGACUGCGAUGUUGUUGGUCCAGAGCAACUUGAUUAUUGCAGUCGGAAUGAUGUCUUGGGAUGCUAUUACAAGAUUGACGGUAACGACACCACAAGUCGUGGAUGUCUGUCUGAAGAAGAACUAGAUUGCGGAAACGCUUGUUAUAGAUGCGAAGAAGAAGGAUGUAACUUGAUUGAACCGUGGGAGUGUUACAGCUGUAGCGCGGCCGGUGGUGAAGACUGCGUAGAUGACGACACAAAGACUUGCAAAACGUUCUUGAAUUGUGCGGUUUAUAUUGUUGGUAACGACGUUAGGAGAGCUUGCAUUAACGAUUCAAACCUUUGUAAUGAAAAACCUGAAUUGUGCGAAAAUAAUUGCGCCGAAGACAAAUGUAACAACAACGAUAUCUGUGCAACCUCGUGUUCCGAUGAAAUGUGCAAUGAGAUAUGUAGCAGUAAUAAGUCUAAUAAGAAGUGUUUCCGCUACCAAAACCAGGGCGUGCUGCAGUUGGGAUGUAUUGAUAAAAUACCCGACAUCUGUGAUAACGAUGAAGACCACUGUUUUCAAUGUGAGGAGAAUUUGUGCAAUGCAGAAGAACUUGCGGAGUGCUUCGAGUGUAUGACGGAUUGUUCCACGGUGAACGGUGUGGAAACCAUAUUUUGUGCGAAUCCCGAAGAUCAAUGCUUUACAACCAAAAAGGAUAACGGAGAAGUGAUUCGUGGUUGUACCAGUGACCAUAACGGGGCGGAACUCAAAGAGGACGAAAUUUGUUCAGGAGCUGCGUGUAAUUUGGAUAUUAUAGGCAAAUCAUGUUACCAAUGCGAUAAUUGCACCGAACUCCAGGACUUGUCACCAAAAAGCUGCUCCUCCAUUCAAUCUUUCAAAGGAUGCUACACUGUCCAAAAUCUCAAGACCCGAAACAUUGAUCGUGGUUGCGUAUCGGACUCUGGGUUCAACUCUUGCAAUGAAAACAUAAAUUGCUUUAUUUGUGACGACGAAGACUGCAAUACUCACGAAGUUCAACCCAAUCCGUUGCUGUGUUCUUCAUGUUUCGGAAAUAAAUGCUCCAACUACACGCCAGCAGAGCAGUGUAGAAACAAUGAAGAUUUACUCAUUAAUCUCUGCGUAACUUUUUCCGUAGCCAACGUUGUAUUGUUCAAAGGCUGCCUAAGUGACGGAAUUCCAGAAGACCUUGAAAGCGAUUGCUACAACACUCAAACCUUUUGCGAGCUCUGUGAUGAAGACUACUGCAAUACUCCCGAUCUGUCCUGUUUCAGUUGUUCAACUUAUAACGAAGGUAUUGAAUGUAUCACGAAUCCAACCGACUUCACUUACUGUAAAGCCAACGAAGUUUGUGUUACCUACGUGGACGACGACGGGCAUCUACACCGGGGAUGUUCCACUGAUCGGGAAGGUAUAUGCUCCGAAGAUCCACUUUGUAAGCAAUGCAAAGAUCACGAUUGCAACGUACAGCUCCUACCUGAAAAUCGUAUCUCUUGUUACCAGUGCGACGGAGACGGAUGUCAAGCAUCAGAGCUGCAGCCUUCCGACUCGAAACCAUGUCUAGUCUACGACGAAGACCAAUUCUGUUACACAUACGCUGAAGACAAGUUCACGGUCACACGAGGUUGCUCUAAUGAUAAGUUAGCUUCCGUAUGCGAUAGCGAACCCUGUGUAUCCUGCCACGAUAAACACUGCAAUAGCCAGGAUACGGUGCAAGCAAACCAACUUUCCUGCAUUAAAUGCCCGAGCAACAGUGCAUGUGAAGGGCAAGCAUUUGGCACAAUGUGUACAGUGGAUCAACUUCUGGGACGAUCAGAUCAGUGCUAUACGCUAUAUUUCCUAGACCUGAUAAUCGAAAAGGGUUGCUUCUCCGAGCUACCUAUGGACAAUGCAUGGUACGAGGACUGCUUGGCAGGAAAUGCUACAUGCCGAAUUUGUUCUGAAAACGAUUGCAACCUUGGAGCGACAUUAUGCUAUAAGUGCAACUCAGACGAGGACAACGAUUGCUCCGAGCUGGUAUCUACUUCCCAAUAUCAAUUCGAAUGCCAAACGGAAUGCUUGACUCUAGUAGAUGCCGAUGGCUACACCAAACGAGGUUGCGUCGAAGAUUUCCCCGGCGCAUGCGAAAAUACUUCACAGUGCGACACCUGUCAAGGUAAACUGUGCAACGACAAAAUCCUCCCGGAAGAUCAUCAGCGGUGUCAUGUUUGCCAGGGUUCCAAACCAGAGUGCCUCAAUCCCAUUCCGGGGCUUGUCAAGGCAUGUGCGCUGUACAAGCCCAACGACGAAUGCUACACGCGCUUUGAGAAUUCCACAUGGGUCGAGAGGGAUUGCUUAUCGAGCAUUGAGGAAGAAACGUGUGAAGAUGAGUGUGUAAAAUGUUCAACUGUGGGAUGCAAUGACCACAAAGCGUACCAAUCGAAUUCGCUUUCGUGCGUUACCUGUGAAGGUGAAACAUGCCGCGGGAUGGUUGCUGGGCAGCAAUGCUCCGAGCAGAUACUUCUCGGCAGACAGGAUUCUUGCUACGAGUACACGGAUGGGGAUAUGGUUUUAAAGGGCUGUCUCAGCGAUUUGGAUGAAGACAGUGAGAUUAAGAAGGACUGCGCGAACAGUCGUGAAGGAUUGUGCAGGCUGUGCAGUCAAAAUGAUUGUAAUGGAGAUAUUUUCAACUGUGUUUCGUGUGACUCUUCGACAAAUCCGGAAUGCGGUGAAUGGAUGAAGCCUGUUUCCCCGGACAUGCUGGACAUAUGUGAAGGGCGCAGAUGUGUAAGCUACGUUGAUGAUGAAGGCUUCACGCACAAAGGAUGCAGCACUGAAACAACUGCCUGUGAACAAGGCGAUGCUACCUGCUACGAAUGCCACGAAUCCAUGUGUAACAAUGCAGCAUUUCCUGAGGACCGUAUCCUAUGCUAUCAGUGUGAAGAAUGCAACUAUCUAACACCAACCGAUCGACCAGUUGCUUGUUCGAAAUACAGUCCGGAUGAAUCCUGCUAUACGUACGUUAUUGGGGACUCGAUCCACCGAGGUUGCCUAAUGGACACGGAUCUUGAAUGCACCGAAACCUGUUUAACAUGCAAUAGCUCCAGUUGUAAUGAUCAUCCGUACGAAUUCAAUAGUUCGCUUUCCUGUAUGCAGUGCAGUGGUGCACGAGAGUGUCAUGAUAAAUCAGAACCGGAGCUAUGUGUGGGAACACUUAAUCUUGGCAGCCCAGAUCAAUGCUACAGCCUUUUGAUGAAUGGUGAAAUAAUUAAGAAAGGUUGUCGACGAGCUUUCGCUGAAUGUUCUGAUCUGGAGGAAAGUUGUAAACUCUGCAGCUGUGAUGGAUGCAAUCUGGUUUCAACAAAUUCAGCCAUCAUCAGCUGUAUUGAGUGCGAAGGAAAGGACUGUGGCAAUGAAGUAGACGCCAGGGAGUUGUGCGAAGAUGUAGCUUGCAUAUCGUACGUUUCAAAAGAGGGAAUUGUUUCACGCGGUUGCCUAAAAGGCUUUGAAAAGCUUUGUUCCAGUUAUGGAAACAAACAUGAAACUUGCUAUGAAUCCGUCUGCAAUAAAGACAUCUUUCCAUCGGACAGAAUCAAGUGCUAUCGCUGCGACGACUGUGAGACGAUGCUUGGAAGUCCUGAAAUUUGCGCAAAAUAUGUUGAAGACGAUGGUUGCUUCACUGCUAUUUCAGAUGAUGGUUCAACGGUAUCUCGUGGAUGCAUAUCCGAACUAAAAACGACUUGUACUGGAGCGUUAUGCACUCCCUGCCAUGAAACAGGUUGCAAUGGCGAAAAUCAACCCGAUCAAAGUACUACGGAAGCUCCGGAAAGUACAAGCACAUCAACUGAAGACAGUUCCAUAACAACCGAAGAGGGCACUUCAACAAGCAAGGCAAGCACUUCAACUGUCAACAGCGUAGAAACUACGACCAUCACGUCAUCAUUGGCCUGCAUUAGGUGCAAGGAAUCAAUGGAUGUCGCUUGUGCGUGGGCCUUCCAAUCGGACUCGGCCGAGCAGUGUCCUACGGAUGUUGAAACCGGAUGCUUCACGUGCAGACAGGAUGAUACUAGCAUCGUUCGAGGUUGCUCAUCGGAACAGGGCCAAAGUGCAUGCUCAGUGAUAUCGAUUGAAGAGUGUGCCGAAGCAGGUUGUAACAACGAAAAUCAGCGCACUCAACAGUGUGCAAUCUGUGAAAGUAACUGUGACGGUCCCAAUGCAUCCUAUCGGGUGGAGAAAUGUGAUGGGAUCGUGGAGUACGCCAAUCGUGGCUGUUAUCUUAUUAGAAACGAGCGCAGAAUUGUCACCGAGCGAGGAUGCGUUUCGGAGCUUGGUGCCGAAAAGAAACGUGAUUGUGAAAAUUCCAGGGACCAGUGCGACAUUUGCUACAACGAUGGUUGUAAUACGGCGAUGAUGGUUCGAGUGCUGAACGGUUUGAUUGCAGCUGCAAUAGUGGUAGCUGUUGUCCGGGCCAAGUUUAUUUAGCUAUAGUAGAUGGCUUUGGAUACAAUAAGCCAAACAUUAUGUUUUAAUAAGUCAAAAAAAAAACAAUAAGCUGCGUAAACAUAACCUAUAUUGAGUAAACAUAGUAUAUUGAGGACCCCAAAAACUGUGCCAAAUUUAAACGAA